UUCAUCCGGAAGAAAUACUACCGAGCUCCCCCACUCUCAGAUUUUGUUUUGUUUUCUAGGUUUUAUUAAAAAAAGGAAAAAAAAACUUCGACUGUGAUCUAGGGUUAAGAAAUUUGUUCAAGAUUCUGGUCAAUCUGAGCUGGAGAUUUGGGCGAAAUGACUGUUGUACCUCUACAAUCGUUGCCCCUAGGGUUUCGAUUUCAUCCGACGGAUGAAGAGCUAGUGAAUCAUUACUUGAAGAGGAAGAUCAAUGGCCGGAUUCGGUCGGAGGUUGAGGUGAUCCCUGAGAUUGAUGUUUGCAAGUGCGAGCCUUGGGAUCUUCCUGAUAAGUCUUUGAUAAGAUCGGACGAUCCCGAAUGGUUCUUUUUCUCGCCCAAGGACAGAAAGUAUCCAAACGGGCAGCGAUCAAACCGGGCAACAGAGGCUGGGUACUGGAAGGCAACAGGGAAAGACCGGACGAUCAAAACGAAGGCUCCUGCAACUCCGGCGGUGAUUGGGAUGAAGAAAACACUUGUUUUCCAUCGAGGUAGAGCUCCGAAGGGAGUUCGGACGAAUUGGAUCAUGCAUGAGUAUCGAGCCACAGAGCCCGAGUUUGAGUCUGGAGAGCAGGGUGGGUUUGUGCUUUAUCGUUUAUUCAAGAAGCCUGAGGAAAAGGUUCCAAACUGUAAUGGUGAUGAAAUUGAAAGGAGUGGUUUCUCUCCUACUCCAACCAAUACGUCUCCAGGUGACACACAGCAUGAAGAAGAUGCCUUUGAAGAACCUGAGACCCCAGUACUGGAGACACCAGUAAACAAAGUAUCCCCGCUCUCAGAGAUACAAGAUGACGCACAGGCUGUGCCCAAUGAUGGUAAGAAUCAACCCUCAGGCAUUACAAGAUGGCUAGCUGAUAAAGCUGAUCGCACUUCUAUGAAAGCAGAGGAUGGCCAUUGCAAUAGUCACGUUACAGUUGAACAUGAGGCUGAAGCCGGAGCAGUGGUGGACCCUCUGCUGGAUGCUUUAAGACCGUUCUAUGAUCCGAAAGCUGAGCAGAUAGAUUCAAAUGGUUUUCCUAAUAUCACAUCCCCAACGCAACCUUACAGUAAUCACCCAUUCAUUGGCAGCUCUGAUCAAAAAUCACAUAUGGGAUUCUAUCAACCUGAGUACAAUGAAAAUGAUUCCAUAAAUGAGUUCUUGAAGUCAAUAUUGAUUACUCAGGAUGAGUACUCUGAAGGCUCAAAGGUUCUGCAGAUGUCCACAGCUGGAGCUUUACACAGUCAUUCUGGCAGUGAAGUUGAUACUGAAGGAGGUCCAGGCUUUCAUGAUCCUGGUUGGUUCUGCAUGGAUACUUGGAAUGAUUACCCUGAGAUCAACAGUGCUCUCUAUGAGAACACCAGCUUGCUUCCUUAUGAUAGCACUGGGCCUGAUGUGUAUUCGGUAGAUUCCGGUGCUGAUUCUUUGCAGGAGUUGUUUAAUAGCAUGAAGGAAUCUAAUGGUCAUGUGAAUGCUUCAAGCAAUGAAGCUAGUCCUGAGGAAACUGGAAUUAUUGGCAUUAGGAUGAGGUCUCGGCAGCCACAGAAUUCUAUGAAUACUUCAUCCAAUGAAAUUGGCCCUGUGGAAACUGGAAUUACUGGCAUCAAGAUUAGGUCUCGGCAGCCACAGAAUUCAGCUGUGGAUAAUUUAUCGGCACAGCAGGGCCAUGCAAGAAGAAGAAUUCGCUUGCAGUGUUCAGUUCAAGCUAGGGAACUUAGUUUUGAGGGUGAAAUGAGAAGCAAGAAAGAAGAUACUGAAGACGAAGAGGCAACUGUAGAGGUAGAGGAAAUUGAGGAACAUGCUGAGAUUGUCAAUGCGAAAGCAGUCCCUGAUCCUUUACCCGUCAUAAAGCGUGAAGAUUUAUUUGUUCAGGAUGAUACUACUGCCUUAAAAGCCGAAGCUUGUUCUUUGGACAUCUCUCAAGAAUUUAAACCUAAUUUGAGAUUGAGAGCAAAGUCGACCAAUGAGACUACCGAAUCUGACAAACUCAAAGGCCCAGCUCCACUGAUUAAGACAUCUAGACCUGAUGUGGUCAUCGGUUAUGUUGUAGGGUUUAUAGCUAUAUUUAUGAUCCUUGUUUUAUUUUUUGUUGGGAUACGGAAAUUUGGGAGAUCUCGAGGGUAUGUUGGUAUCUGAGAGCUCUUUCUAAUUCUUGGAAAAGCCCGUUUUGGUUUACUUUUGUAAAUAUGCACCACCUGACCUGAUAAUAGAGUGUGGAGAUGUUCAGGUGCUUCUAGUUUUAUGUUAUGCAGCUGGUAGCUUGUUGUGCUGUUACUUUAUCUGCAGGAGAAGAUAUAGAGUGUUUGUUCAACAAAGUAGCUUGUUUUUGUAAAAAUAUAUUAUAUUUCUGCAAGAAUUCUGUAGUCAUGUGUUGAUUCCAUAUUGAUGGUAUAAUACCAGUAGUUAAGUUUUAGUCUU